AUGGCAAGCCAGCCAACUGAGAUCCCAAAAACAUUUUAUGACUUCACUGUUAAGGAUGCUAAGGGAAAUGAUGUGGAUCUUAGCGUCUACAAGGGAAAAGUUCUUCUGGUUAUCAAUGUUGCCUCCAAAUGUGGCCUGACCAAUUCAAACUACACAGAGCUGAAUGAACUAUAUCAAAAGUAUAAAGAUCAAGGCUUGGAGAUUCUGGCAUUUCCAUGCAACCAGUUUGGUGCUCAGGAACCGGGAAGCAAUGAAGAGAUUGAAGAUUUUGUCUGCACUCGUUUCAAAUCAGAAUUUCCCAUAUUUGACAAGAUUGAAGUGAACGGUGAUAAUACUGCUCCAGUGUACAAGUUCUUGAAGGCAGGCAAAUGGGGAUUCUUUGGAGAUAAUAUUCAGUGGAACUUUACCAAGUUUCUAGUUGAUAAGGACGGGAAAGUUUCCGACCGCUAUUAUCCAACCACUCCCCCCCUUAGCAUUGAGCAUGACAUAAAGAAGCUGUUGGGAGUCUCUUGA